AUGGAAACACCAAGCACAGAAAAAAGUGUUAAUUAUCAUUAUGGUCAUCACCAUAAGAGAUCAGAUUCUAUAGAUUUAGGUAGAAAAGGAAGUGUUGGUUCAAUAUAUUCAUUUCAACAACCACAAAGUGCAAAUACAACACCACCAACUUCACCUCAAAAUCAAUACAAACCCAAGCCAAAAAGAGACGCCACAGAAUUGGGGUUGGUACCUGAAUUACCAGUUAUAGACUUAGAUAAAAUCACAGAAGAAUUUAAAAAAAAUCAAAGAAUAUUAUCACAAAAGGAAGUACAUUGGUGUAAUUUUUUAAAAGAAGUACCCAUUGAUCCAAUUUCAAAACCUCAUAAUUCAGUCAAAUUACCAAAAACUUCAGAAACGCUAUUAGAAAAAUUUAAUUCAAAUUAUAAUAUUGAAGACCCACAAUUGAAAAAAGAAAAAGCUAUUAGAAAAGCGCUUAGUAAGUUUAGAAUAAAAGAUUAA